AUGGACAGACCGCCGAGGCCCAGACAGGCCGCCCUCAGUGACUUUCAGUUCGGGGUGGUGGCCACUGAGACCAUCGAAGACGCUCUUCUCCACCUGGUGCAGCAGAAUGACCGGGCCGUGCAGGAGGCCGCGGGCCGCAUGGGCAGCUUCAGGGAGCCCCGCAUCGUGGAGUUUAUUUUUCUCCUGUCUGAACAAUGGUGUCUGGAGAAAUCUGUGUGCUACCAGGCCGUAGAAAUCCUAGAAAGGUUUAUGGUUAAGCAGGCAGAGAAUAUUUGCAGACAAGCCACAAUCCAGUUGAGAAAUAAAACAGAGACUCAGAACUGGAGGGCUCUGAAAGAGCAGCUUUUCAACAAGUUUAUCCUGCGCCUUGUGUCAUGUGUUCAGCUGGCGAGUAAACUUUCCUUUCAUUACAAAAUAAUUAGCAACGUUACAGUCCUGAAUUUCCUCCAUGCUCUUGGGUAUUUACAUACAAAAGAAGAACUUCUGGAAUCAGAGCUUGAUGUUUUGAAGUCCCUAAACUUCCAAAUCAAUCUGCCUACUCCCCUGGCAUAUGUGGAGCUGCUCCUGGAGGUCUUAGGAUACAAUGGCUGUUCGGUUCCAGCCACACAGCUGCAUGCAACUUGCCUGACUCUACUUGACAUAGUCUACCUUCUGCAUGAACCCAUAUAUGAGAGCCUGCUGAGAGCUUCAAUCGAAAACUCCACACCCAGUCAACUACAAGGGGAAAAGUUUAUUUCAGUGAAGGAAGACUUCAUGCUGUUGGCAGUAGCAAUCAUUGCAGCAAGUGCUUUCAUCCAAAACCAUGAGUGUUGGAGCCAGGUUGUGGGCCAUUUGCAGAGCAUCACUGGCAUUGCCUUGGAGAGUAUUGUGGAGUUCUCUUAUGCAAUCCUGACUCACAGCGUGGGAGCCAACACUCCGGGGGCAAGGCAGCCUAUUCCUCCCCACCUGGCGGCCAGAGCUCUGAGGGCGGCUGCUUCCUCCAACUCAUGAGGCAGGCGGAAUCUGCCAGCUAUAAACAGCCUUCCGUCACUGCACCCAGUCCUCCCUUUGUUUACUUUCAUACUCAGGGUACAAAAGUUCCAAAUUAUCUUUUGAACUGUAUUUUGUGUUCCAAUUUCAUGCUUAUUUUUCUGUCUGCAUCAGAGCUAAGGCGAAUAGGCAUGUCCUUUUUGCCCUAUCAGAGUCAAAAAUUGGAAAAAGAAAGAAUAUUUGUGAAGUUGUUUUAUUUUUUGUUUUGGUGCCAAACCUAGUGGUGCUCAGGAGCUAUGCCCUGCUUGGCUAUUUGAGAGAUCUCUCCUGGAGGUGUUCAGGAGACCCUGUGCUGGGGUUUGAGUCUGGUCCUCUGCAAACAAACUAUGUACUCCAGUCCUCUGAGCUACCUCUCAGGCCCAAGUGGUUCUUUUUCUGUUUAUGGUAUUUAUGGCUUUUCUUUAACUGUUAAUUUUAUUCAGAGUUAACUAGAGGGGCUGGCACAACAUUACAGCACAGGUAGGGCAUUUACUUUGAACGCAGCCAAACUGGGUUCAAUUCCUGACAGCCCAUAUGUCCUGAGUCCACCAGGAAUGAUCCCUGAGUGCAGAGCCAGGAGUAAGCCCUGAGCUGUGGGUGUGGCCCCCAAAUAAAAAAGAGUGAACAUCAGACUUGUAGAUUAGUAUUAUUUAGGGGUUCAAAAAACAUAACCAUCUGGAUGACUUUGCCUGAGCAUCAAGAGACUUCCCUUAAAAGUUAAAAGUUAAAACAUGGGGCUGGAGCAAUAGAACAGUGGGUAGGGCAUUUGCCUUGCACGAGGCUAACCCAGGUUUUGAUUCUCAGCAUCCCAUAUGAUACCCUGGGCACUGCCAGGAAUAAUUCCUGAGUGCAAAGCCAGGAGUAACCCUUGUGCAUUGCUGGGUGUGACCCAAAAAGAAAAAAAAAGUUAAAACACUGUUCUAUUACUGAAGCCUAUGCAUUUGGUGCUUUCUAUACAGCUAUUUAUUUUCAUUCAUCUUUUUAGAGUGAAAACUAGUCCAUCUCCAAACAUGUUUCAUCAGGAUUUCCAUAUAUUUGUCCUUGAAUUCAAUUCUCCCAGAACACAAAGUGUACUCUAUUGUAGUUAAAGAAAAACCCAACAGUGCACCUCUGGACAGUUAUCAGAUUGCAGUAUAUCUUUUAUUACAAAUAAUUAAAUCUCUCCAUAGUGUCUCAGACAGCAUGAUACACCAUUUCAUGUCUAUAAUACAGACUACAGUAGACCUCCACUACUAGAGCCCAGAGAAGUGCUCAAUUUCAAGAUGCUCAUCAUAACACAUGGUGAUGAGGCAAACCUUUUGUGUUCUUCAUUUGACUGUCUCACACACUCCAUCGUAUAUAUCAGUGGAAACAAAUUUUUUUUUUCAUAUUGGAAAUGCAGGAAGUUGAGAGAGAUAAAACCCAGUGAAAACACACCAAUCUUAAUUCAACUCAGUUUAAAAAACGACAACAAAAAAAUUAAAUUAGUUUUGAGGGGAGAGGGGAAAAAAGGGCAUGGAAUCAGGAGUGAAAGCUGUAACAAAUGCUGGUAGCUAUGUCAUGUUGUAGUUUUGGAAACUGUCACGAUAUUUUAAAAUAAAGUGGCUUUUGUUAAUAUUUUUUUCUUUUUGGUAUUGUAAACAUGUGUUUUAUAGUACCCAAA